AUGGCGUCUUUUCUAGCGAGAAGCCUCCUAGGCUGCCUGGCCCUUGUGAUGAUCCUCGCCGUGGGCGGCCUGCCAUCCCCAGGCUCGGCCAUGGGCCUGCCCCAGCCGCAGCCGAGCCUCAACUUCACCAUCGGCGUGGAGGGCGUCGUCUGGUGCAACGGCUGCCGGUACCGCGGCUACGUCGAGUCCAGGGACGCGUCGCCUCUCCGGAACGCCUCGGUGCUGCUGCGGUGCCGGCACGGCCGCCGGGCGCUGUCGGUGUGGAACACCACGAACGCGCACGGCUACUUCCUGAUCCAGACGGGGAUGCAGGCGGCGCCCUUCACGAGCAACAACUGCAAGGUGUACGUGCCGCGGUCGCCGGCGCGUGGGUGCCGCGUGGCCGUGAGCCCCGCCCGGAAGAAGGGGUCGCCGCUCAAGUUCCGCAGGUUCGUCACGCUCACCGACGGGCUGCAGGCGCGCUACUCCGCCGGCCGCUUCACGUUCGCGACGCAGGACCGGUCCAAGUGUUAA